AUUUAUUUCACUAGGAAACCACUUUAUUUUCAAUUUCGUUAAACAAAUAUUACAUUUACUUAUUAAAAUAAUAACAUGUCGCGCAAAAAAUGGACUGACCUAAAUAAACCCCCAUUAUCUGAACCUGUUUUACAAGUUUUACAGGAUAUGGAAUUUAGUUUAAUGACACCAGUGCAGACUGCUACUAUACCCUUAUUAUUGGCACGUAAAGAUGUUUCCGCUGAAGCUGUUACCGGCUCUGGUAAGACUUUAGCCUUUUUAGUACCUCUAUUGGAAAUGUUACAACGUCGCCAUAAAGAUUCACCCUGGUUGCCUAAAGAAAUUGGUGCUUUGAUAAUAUCACCCACCAGAGAGCUGGCCUUACAGAUAUCAGAAGUAUUGGAGCGAUUUUUAGAACAUGAAGAUUUAAUAUAUUUACGCCAGAAAUUAAUAGUUGGUGGCAAUAGCAUAGACGAAGAUAUAAGAUCGUUGGUAAAAGAUGGUCCUUGCAUAUUGGUCUGCACACCCGGAAGAUUAGAGGAUUUAUUUCAACGCAAAGGAGAUUUGAAUUUGGCCGCGAGAGUAAAAAGUUUGGAAUUUUUGGUACUAGACGAAGCUGAUCGUUUACUAGAUUUGGGUUUUAAAGCUACAAUUAACAAUAUUCUAGCCUAUUUACCGCGCCAAAGACGUACGGGUCUGUUUUCAGCCACUCAAACAACAGAAGUUACGGAUCUCAUAAGAGCUGGUCUCCGUAACCCUGUUUUAGUAUCGGUCAAAGAGAAAUCCACCAUUAAUACCCCCAUCCGUUUACAAAAUUUCUACAGAAUAUUAGAGGGCGAUGAAAAGUUCAUAGCUUUAUUACAUUUCCUCAAAUCCAGCAAAGCUAAAAAUAGUAAAGUCAUGGUUUUCUUUCCCACAUGUGCCUGCGUUGAGUACUGGUCGGAAGUUUUACCACAAUUUCUAAAAGACCGCAGUAUUUUAGGCAUUCAUGGCAAAAUGAAAAAUAAACGUAAAAAUAUUGUUGAACGUUUUCGCAAGGAAGAUAAGUCUGUAUUGUUGUGUACAGAUGUUUUGGCCAGAGGUUUAGAUGUGCCCGAAAUUGACUGGGUUAUACAGUGGGAUCCUCCCUCGAAUGCUGCUAGUUUUGUACAUCGUGUGGGCAGAACAGCCAGACAGGGUAACGAGGGAAGUGCCCUGGUAUUUCUCUUGCCCACAGAAGAUGCUUAUGUGGCGUUUUUGAAAAUCAACCAAAAAGUUGAAUUGGAAGAAAUGGAAGAUUUAGAAAUUGAUAGGGAUCAAUUAAAACCAAUUUUGGAUAAAUUACAUAAAUUGCAAGCCUCCGACAAGGGUAUGUAUGAUAAAGCAGUGAGAGCUUUCGUCUCGCACAUACAAGCCUAUAGAAAACAUGAAUGCAGUGCCAUUUUACGUUUGAAAGAUAUGGAUAUGGGUAAAGCUGGCACGGGCUAUGGUUUACUGCAAAUGCCGCGUAUGCCUGAAUUGAAGACACUUAAUGCGGAUAAUUUUAUGGCACCUUCCUUUGAAGUAGAUGUCAAUAAAUUAACGUAUAAGAAUGCCCAAAAAGAACAGGCGAGACAAGAAAAAGUUAAAACCUAUGAAGAAACGGGCCAGUGGCCGGGCAUAAAGAAGCAUAAAAAACAAACCGAAUCUUGGGACCAAACUAAAAAAGCUAAAAUGGAUGUUAAAUCCAAAAAAGAAUUGAGAAAAGCCAAGAAACAACGCAAGAAGGCCGACGAGGCUGCUAAUGGAUCGAAUUCGAAAAAACGCAAGCAACAAUUUACCCAAGAAGAUCUGGAUGAGCUGGCUAAUGAUAUACGUUUGUUUAAGAGAUUGAAAAAGAAUAAAAUCAGUGAAGAAGAUUUCAAUAAAGAAAUGGGCAUAGAUGAUGUUUAAAAAAA